AUGGCAGACGCUGAGGAAAUUUCACCCGCGCUAUUGAUAGUAGUCAUUUUAAACAUUUUCUCUUCUUAUACUGCAGUCACGCUGAACAUUAUAACCAUAUAUGUGUUAAGAAAAAUUUCUUCGUUGCCGAAGCCCGUAAGAAUAUUACUAUUGAGCCUUGCUGUUUCUGAUCUUGCUGUUGGAUUAAUUGUGCAACCGCUAGCCAUAGCAACGCUGGUAACUCAAAACAAUAAAUAUACUUUCCAGUUUGAGAAGGCAUCUGAGGUUUUUGGGAUUUGUUUUACUGCAGCCUCAUUUUUAAAUAUAACAGCUUUAGGCGCCGACAGAUUCUUGGCCAUUCACCUUCAUCUUAGAUACCAAGAACUUGUAACUCACAGGCGUAUUGUCACUGCAGUCAUCACGAUCUGGGUGUUCAGUGCAACUGUUUCUCUCUUUGAUCUCUGGGACAAAAUGAUGACGGCUGCUCAAGCUACUCUCCUUGCGAUUGUUGUUGUCUGUUUUAUUUCUACAACAUUUUUUUAUUUCAAGAUUUACUUAACAGUGCGUCAUCUCACAAGCCAAAUUCAUACACUGCAAGUGCAACAAGCAUCACAAAACGUUGAGAGCACUUUGCAGAACACAGCAAGCCAGAGAAAAUCUGCGAUCGCUACAUUUUAUGUAUAUAUCGUCUUUUUGUUAUGUUAUCUACCACGUUAUUCUAUUCAUUUUGCAAACAUGGUAUCCAGUCAUGAACCAAUUGUUGCGGAGGAAAUUCUAAUCAUCUAUGCUGUGACCCUAGUCCAUCUGAAUUCUUCACUGAAUCCGUUCAUCUACGCCUGGAAGAUGAGACCUAUUCGACACGCUAUUAUGGAAAUACUGCGAAACACAUUGUCAAAACAUUGCAGUUGA